AUGGCACAUGCAAGGUCAGUGGAGCUGGCAGAAAGCCGUCGAUCAUGCCGGGUGAUGGUUAGUGGCAGAGCAUUAAAGCACACGGCAUGCCCCUUGCCUCCUCCAGCUGCCACAUUAAUAGUUCACGCCUUCUUUCCAUAUGGAAUGCUGUUAAGAGAAACGACAUCAGCAUCUGCUCCUGGUGAGGGCCUCGGGAAGCCUCCACUCAUGAUGGAAGGUGAAGUGGAGCAGGCAUCACCUGGUGAGAAGGGGAGAGGAGAGGAGGUGGACAGUGACACCAUUUGGAAUGAACUGCACUCGUCCGGUGCUGCACGCAUGGCUGUUGGCUGUGUCAUCGAGCUGGCUUCCAAAGUGGCCUCGGGAGAGCUGAAGAAUGGGUUUGCUGUUGUGAGGCCCCCUGGCCAUCACGCUGAAGAAUCCACAGCCAUGGGGUUCUGCUUUUUUAAUUCAGUUGCAAUUACCGCCAAAUACUUGAGAGACCAACUAAAUAUAAGCAAGAUAUUGAUUGUAGAUCUGGAUGUUCACCAUGGAAACGGUACCCAGCAGGCCUUUUAUGCUGACCCCAGCAUCCUGUAUAUUUCACUCCAUCGCUAUGAUGAAGGGAACUUUUUCCCUGGCAGUGGAGCCCCAAAUGAGGUUGGGACAGGCCUCGGAGAAGGAUACAAUAUAAAUAUUGCCUGGACAGGUGGCCUUGACCCCCCCAUGGGAGAUGUUGAAUACCUGGAAGCAUUCAGGAUAUCUAAAAUGAAAACAUCAUUGCAGAAAUUAUUCAGUGAUACCUUCCUCUGA